GGUGGCUCCAUGGCAUUCCGAAAACUGUUGUAUCUGGUCACACUGCGUGGUAGUCAUUUCCAUUGUUGUCGGCAUAAUUUUCCAGAUCCUCCAAUUAAACAUAGAACUGAGGAUUAAGUCCUUUCCACCACGAUGGAGUUUCCGCCCUGUCCUCCCUCGCUAAAGUCCAUCCAGCAUUUUCUGAAGCUGGCCCAGGAGCAUGAUACCCGCGAUGUGGUCAUCGCCUACUGGGCGAGACUAUAUGCUCUGCAGGUGGGCCUCAAGGCCUCCACCCAAACGGGCGAGGAAACCAAAUUGCUGCUGGGCAUCAUGGACUGGCUGGAACAGAUGAAGAAACAGUAUGCUGAAAACGAGGCCAUCACCAACGAGGUGGCUGCCCAGGCACACAUCGAGAACUACGCCUUGAAACUGUUCCUGUACGCCGACAAACAGGAUCGCGAAGAGAACUUCGGAAAAAAUGUCGUUAAGGCCUUCUACUCCAGUGGUGUACUCUACGACAUACUCCAGACCUUCGGUGAAUUGAGCGAAGAGGCGCUGCACAACAGGAAGUACGCCAAGUGGAAGGCCGCCUACAUCCACAAUUGUCUGAAGAACGGGGAAACACCGAUUCCCGGCCCCUUGCCAGAUGACGACGAUGAGGCGGAGCUCGAGGGUGAGAAUGCCAACGCCUCGGCAGACACAUCGCCUGAGGACGCAGGAGCAGUAGCUCCUGCGCCCUAUCAGCCGGAUCCAGACGCGCAGCAACCUGCUCCAUCAUCACCGACUACUUCCGGAGUGGUUCCUCCCACCGCCGAGGAGGUACUGAACAACCCGAACAAAUUGCCCAGUCCGCCGGUCGACGAGGAGAAGCCGGGCGGCUUCGUGCCCUACGUGCCCACGGCUCAGCCUAAUCCGGCCACGGCGGCCACCAUUUACCAGCCCAUUGUGCCCGUGGCUGGAGUGCAAAUCACUCCCGACCAAAUGAUUACCGCCCAGAAGUAUUGCAAAUACGCCGGCAGUGCCCUCAACUAUGACGACGUCAAGACCGCCAUCGAGAAUCUGCAGAAGGCCCUUAAGCUGCUAAGCACCGGGUCCGAGUAGGGCUAACACAUCCACACGUAUUUAGGAAACGCUUCCGAGGCACAGUUAAAGCUUAGAGCACCAGUAUACCCCAUAAUCUCCUGCUAAUCACGCGUUUAAGGAAGAAGUAAAACGAAAUUCAGAUUGACUGACGUUGGACUAUUAAUUUUAAAUAUGUAUGAGUUGUUCAAAUUUAUUAAAAUUGUUUCUAAAGUCGUAAUUUAAAUGGUUUCGACUAAGUGCCCGUUA